UCGCAAUCGAUUUCAAGCUCUGUCACGUUCGGAAGACCUCGGGUUUCAGCGGCUUACUCCACCGCCGAGAAGCAAAGGACUUCUCCGGCAACGGAGACCAACACAAUCGGCUCCUUCCAUAAUGGGAACUCUUUCUCGCUGUACGAUGUGCUCGGGAUUCAAAUGGGGGCUGAUAUACGAGAGGUGAAAUCGGCGUACCGUAGAUUAGCAAGAGUUUUGCAUCCGGAUGUCGGAAGUCUUGACUCAUCGGCCGAUGAGUUCAUGAAAGUGCACUCGGCUUAUACUACAUUAGCAGAUCUGGCAAGACGAGCGGAUUACGAUCGGAGUCUGUUGCAGAGGCGGAUGGGGUGUUCUUCUCCGGUAAUAUCUGCCGGUGGCUAUAGAGGUCGGAGAUGGGAGACGGACCAGUGUUGGUAGAAAUUGCAUCCGUGAAAUUGAAGCUGUAAAUAUGCAAAUAUUGUGACAGUCCUUUAGGUAGAUUUUUUUUAAUUAAUCUGAAAAUCCAACCCGCUAUGCGAACCGAUUAAUCUGAGGACGAUCACCUAUUUUGAAGAUAGUCUGAAUUCAUUGUUUUUGGUAGAUUUUGUUGCCAAUGUAUUGGAUUUUUCAACUUUAUCUAGUUGCCGCCAUUUGUAAA